AUGACUACAGGGACCACCAAAGCAGUAGACCGUUUCGUCCGGGUCGGCGACCUCAAACUGCACUACCUGGAGUGGGGCGAGGCCGGCGCGCCGCCGGUAAUUAUGGUCCACGGCCUCAGCGGCAACGCCCAUAACUUCGACAAUCUGGCUCCCCACUUCGUGCCCCGCUACCACGUCAUAUCCGUGGAUGUCCGCGGCCGGGGAGACAGCGACUGGGCGGCCGACGCCAAUUACUCCAACGAUGCCUACGUUGCCGACCUGGAAGGGCUGCGACAGUCCCUGGGGUUCGAGCGGAUGGCGCUGGUGGGCACCUCCCUGGGCGGCCGCAUCUCCCUGACCUACGCCGGGACCUACCCCGACCGGGUGGAGCGCACCGUUCUGAACGACAUCGGCCCCGAGAUUGAUCCCCGGGGCGGCAGCCGCAUCGCCUCCAGCACCCGGGAUGCGGUAACCACCUUCGAGACCAUGGAAGAGGUGCUGGCCUGGCACUGCGAGCAACGGGUCGGCUUCAGUUCCCUCAGCGACGCCGACCAGCGGACUGUCGCCGGAUAUGCGGUAAAGGCCCUGCCCGGCGGCGGCUACACCUGGAAGAUGGACCCGGCGGUCCGCACCGACCCACGCCGACCCGACCCGGAAACGUCCUGGAACCUGGCCCGGGGCAUCCCCGGUCCGGUGCUGCUGGUGCGGGGCGGGAUCAGCGACCUCCUUUCGCCGGAGACAGCCCAGCGCAUGGUGGCGGAGAUGCAGGACUGCCGCAUGGUGGAAGUGCCCGGCGUGGGUCAUGCGCCCACCCUAGCGGAACCUGAGGCCUUUGGUCCGGUCAUGAAGUUUUUCUCCCUGGCCUGA